AUGCACACGCCUCUGAACGCACACACACAAGAUCUCAUGAACAAGGAGGCCUCUGCCGCCAUGAAGGACGGCCCGAGGAUCAUCAACACGGCGCGCGGCCAGUUUGUCAAUGAGGAUACGCUGAUUGAGGCGCUGCAGAGCGCUGCGAUCACGACGCGGAUCAAUCCUGAGCUGAACGCCAUGAAGAACAUUAUGAAGGUUGUUGAUAAUGAUGGUGAGUACAAGGGCGAGCCGCUCACGCUGGUCAACAAGAAGUGGUUUCAGCCAGCAGCAGCGUGA